UUCAGGGGAAAACUAGGGGGCAAGCUUGGACAAGAACUUGAAGGUCUUGGAGUAAAAACGGUUGGAGACUCUUGCAGUUUUCCGAAGUGAAAUUGCAGGAUAUGUAUGGCCCAAACACCGGCAGCAGCAUUAGGGUUCCAGCAGCAUCAGCAGCAUCAGCAAGUGCAGGAGUACGCGGCUCUGCUGCAGUCGUGCGUUGAUGGGGGCAACCUCCUCCACCGGAGCAUUGUCGCCAAGGAUCUGGAGCAGCACGUCUCUCUCUGGAAUUGCCUGGUAAACAUGUACGUCCGGUGUGGGGAUGUGCAGGUGGCGCACGCUGUGUUCGACAGGAUGCAGAAGAGGAAUAUGGUGUCUUGGGCUGCCAUGAUCGCAGCAAAUGCCCAGCACGGGCAUUGGGUUCAGGCAUUCCGACUGUUCCGGAUGCGGGGCCCAACAGCCACACAUUUGUGGCGCUGCUCAGCGCUGCUGUCUCCAAAACAGCAAAUGGAUCGAGUCGCUCAUCCGUGAGAACGAAGCUGGCAUGGAAGAAGCCGGAGUCAGAGAAGAACCAACAUCAACAACAACAACAACGGUGGUCGCAAGUGCCCUCAUCAACAUGUACACCAAGUGUGGCAGCCUGGAGAAUGCAGUUGCUGUGUUUCAAGGGAUGGCUUGCCAACAAAAGGAUAUUGUGUCUUGGACUUCACUUGUAGGAGCGUAUGCCCAAAAAGGCCAUUCUGUUGGUGCUGCAGUUCACUUUCAGCGCAUGUUGCUUCAAGGCCUCAUGCGCAACGAGGAUUUCUGGCCGUGUGUGGGGAUAAGAUUCCACACACCAUGUUGGGGAAGAAUUUGGGGCAUUGGUUGCAGCGGGGAUUUGCUGCGGUGGUCUGCCAGGUGAAAUAUUGGUGCUGACCGUGUGAUUAUCUGUCUCCUGUGUUAUGCUGUGGGGUCUGAGAAUCCAAAGAACAGUGGGAAUUGUGGGGGGCAUUUGUAACUACCCUUGAAAGAGGAAAUUGGUAUACAGAUUAAGCACAUCUCCUGUCCAACACAAUAUCCCACCCCCUUUCCCGGGCCUUAUCCAGAUUCAAAACGACCACAUGGUCCCAGGUUUUCCAAUACCGGAUGCUACGCCCAUGCCGCUUGUUGUAUCAAGGUGAUGCCCACAUAAUGUAGCAAGAUCUCAACGUCCGAAGGUAUUUGUUUUCAUUUACUAGGAUGCCAUUCACUAUAACAUGUGUAUAGGAAUUUUUUCGUUGCCAAUGGAGAUGGUCUUCCGAA